AUGCGGAUACAGGGAUUUGGGGAUGGAGGGUCAUGGGUGCACAGGGAUACAGGGACACGGGACAGCCGCCGCCGUCAGCGCUAUGUGGAGAAGGACGGCAAGUGCAACGUGCAGCACGGCAACGUGCGCGAGACCUACCGCUACCUCACCGACAUCUUCACCACCUUGGUGGACCUCAAGUGGCGCUUCAGCCUCCUCGUCUUCAUCCUGGCCUACGCUGUCACCUGGCUCUUCUUCGGCCUCAUCUGGUGGUUCAUCGCCUACAGUCGCGGCGACCUGGACCACCUGGAGGACCACGCGUGGACGCCGUGCGUCAACAACCUCAAUGGCUUCGUCUCGGCCUUCCUCUUCUCCAUCGAGACGGAGACGACCAUCGGCUACGGCCACCGCGUCAUCACGGACCAGUGCCCCGAGGGCAUCGUGCUGCUGCUGCUCCAGGCCAUCCUGGGCUCCAUGGUGAACGCCUUCAUGGUGGGCUGCAUGUUCGUGAAGAUCUCGCAGCCCAACAAGCGGGCCGAGACGCUCGUCUUCUCCUCGCACGCCGUGGUGUCGCUGCGCGACGAGCGCCUCUGCCUCAUGUUCCGCGUGGGCGACCUGCGCGACUCGCACAUCGUCGAGGCCUCCAUCCGCGCCAAGCUCAUCCGCUCCAAGCAGACGCAGGAGGGCGAGUUCAUCCCGCUCGACCAGACCGACCUGAGCGUGGGCUUCGAGACGGGCGACGACCGCCUCUUCCUCGUCUCGCCCCUCAUCAUCAGCCACGAGAUCGACGAGCGCAGCCCCUUCUGGGACAUGUCCCGGCAGCAGCUCGAGAAGGACGACUUCGAGAUCGUCGUCAUCCUCGAGGGCAUGGUGGAGGCCACGGGGAUGACGUGCCAGGCGCGGAGCUCCUACUUGGUGGACGAGGUGCUGUGGGCGAUGCCACCAUGUGUGGUGGCGUGCCAGCCCACGGUGACACCCCUGCUCGCGGUGACGCCGUUGGCCUGCGGUGAUGUCCUUGCCCAUGGUGGCCUCCACGCGCACAGAGGUGCCUGUGCACAGUGA